AUGGAGAGACUGACACCUAGGGGACCACCUGGCCAUCCUCACCAGAGGGAGGCCUCUACCUGCUGGCGGCUCACCGUGAGGGUCCUGGAGGCACGGGGCCUGGGCUGGGCUGACCUGUUGAGCGAGGCAGACCCCUAUGUGGUCCUACAGCUGCCAACCGCACCUGGAACGAAGUUUAAGACCAAAACAGUUACCAACUCCAGUCAUCCUGUGUGGAACGAGACCUUCACUUUCCUGAUCCAGAGUCAGGUCAAGAACGUUCUGGAGCUGACCCUCUAUGAUGAGGACACAGUCACGCAGGAUGACGCCUGGUUCAAGGUUCUCUAUGAUGUCUCUGAUCUCCUCCCUGGAAGGCUGCUCCGGAAGACCUUCUCCCUGCGUGCCCAGGGACCGGAGGAGCUGGACGUGGAGUUCCUGAUUGAGAAAAUGUCAGACCGCCCGGAAAACCUCAUCACCAACAACGUGCUUGUGGCCCGAGAGCUGUCGCGCCUGGAUGUCCAUGUCGUCAGCACGGCUGUGGCUGCAGAUCAGGAUGAGCUGGAGCUGGUGCUGAAGGGCUCUUAUGAGGACACGCAGACAACUGCCCUGGGCACAGCCUCUGCCUUCUGCUUCCACUACAUGGCAGCCCAAGAGGCCGAGCUGAGUGGGUGCCUGAAGAGCUCUAUAAGCAGUGGCUGGAACUCAGGCAACACAGCUGGGCACCUCACUGUGCCCCUGAGGUCCUUGGCCAUGGGGAAGGAGGUGACCAUUGAUGUUCCUGCUACAAACGCCCCAGGAGUGAAGCUGCAGCUCAAGGCUGAGAGCUGCACCGAGGAGCUGGCCGUACAUCUGGGCUUUGAUCUGUGUGCGGAGGAAAGAGCCUUCCUGAGCAGGAGGAAGCAGGUGGUGGCCAAGGCCCUGAAGCAGGCCCUGCAGCUGGAUAGAGAACUGCAGGAAGAUGAGGUCCCUGUUGUAGGCAUCAUGGCCACAGGAGGAGGCGCCCGGGCCAUGACCUCUCUCUACGGCCACCUGUUGGCCCUGCAGAAGCUGGGCCUUCUGGACUGUGUGACCUACUUCAGUGGCAUCUCAGGCUCUACAUGGACAAUGGCCCAUCUGUAUGGGGACCCAGAGUGGUCGCAGAAGGACCUCAAGGGACCCAUCAGUCAUGUCCGGGAGCACCUGGCCAAGAGUAAGCUGGAGGCCUUCUCUCCUGAGCGCCUGGCGAGCUACCAGCGGGAGCUGGCGCAGCGGGCUGAGCAGGGCCACACCACGACUUUCGUGGACCUGUGGGGUCUGGUGCUGGAGUUCAUGCUGCACGGUCAGGUGGUGGAUCAGAAGCUGUCAGGACAGAGAGCUGCGCUGGAGCGGGGCCAGAACCCUCUGCCUCUCUUCUUGAGCCUGAGUGUCAAACAGAACGAUCUGCAGACACUGGACUUCAAGGAGUGGGUCGAGUUCUCCCCCUACGAGGUCGGGUUCCUGAAGUAUGGAGCCUUUGUCCCUCCUGAGCUCUUCGGCUCUGAGUUCUUCAUGGGGCGGCUAAUGAAGAGGCUCCCUGAGUCCCGGAUCUGCUUUCUGGAAGGUAUCUGGAGCAACAUUUUCUCCCUGAACUUGCUGGAUGCCUGGUACGACUUCACCAGCUCUGGUGAUGCCUGGAGGCAGCACAUCCAGGACAAGAUCAGGGACCUGGGUAAGGAGCCUGGAGUGCCCCCUGCCUCCUCGGGGACCUCCUCAUGGCCAGAGACCUUGUGGAUGCAGCCUGGAACAGCACUGGCCCAGAUGUUUAAAGGCUUCUUGACCAGCCGACCACUCUAUCAGCACAGCUCCAACUUCCUCCGGGGCCUCCAGAUGCAUAAGGACUACUGUGCCCAGAAAGCCUUCACCACCUGGGCAGACUGCCAGCCAGACUCCUCUCCCAACCAGCUGACCCCGCAGGAGCCUCAGCUCUGCCUGGUGGAUGCUGGCUACUUCAUCAACACCAGCUGUCCUGCCAUGUUCCGGCCAGGCCGCAGGCUGGACCUCAUAAUCUCCUUCGACUACUCUCUAUCCUCGCCUUUUGAGGUGCUGCAGCAGACGGAACUGGACUUCCGGGCCCGGGGGCUGCCGUUUCCCCGCGUGGAGCCCAGCCCCAAGGACCGACGCCAGCCCCGGGAGUGCCAUCUCUUCUCAGACCCCGCCUGCCCCGACGCGCCUGUCGUGCUGCACUUCCCACUGGUCAACGCCUCCUUCAAGGACCACUCAGCCCCCGGUGUCCAGCGUGGCCCCGCAGAACUCUCGGCCGGCCAGAUAGAUCUCACUGGAGUCUCCUCGCCCUAUUCCAUGUUCAACAUGACCUACAAGGAGGAAGACUUCGACCGCCUGGUGCAGCUCUGUGACUACAAUGUACGGAGCAGCCAGGACACCAUCCUGCAGGCCUUGAGGACCGUUCUGAAGAACCGGGCCCCAGAGGCCAGGCCUCCAAGGGUGCAGACUUGAGACUUCUCAGGGGCCCCGGGUUUUGAGGGCCUCACUGACCCCUCCAGGGCCCAGGGGCUCAGCCCACCUACAGUGGGCACAGCCCUUGUGGGGCUGAAGUUCCCGGGUUCUCCCGGGCCUGCAUCCCACCCAGAGUUCUCCCUCAUUUUCAGAGUUGGUUUGAGAGGACCUGAAAACAAACUCCUCACCAGGCCAGUGUGAAAACAGCUGGUCCAACCAGACAUUCACAUGCAGUCCUUCUCAUGCCUGAACAACAUGAAUUUGCAGUAUAAGCUGGAGGUACUAGACGGGCAGGGCAAGGGCCUGCCUCAGAGGUGGCUCUAGGUAUCAGGAGUCACAGUCCAUCCUGACAGGCUUCUCUUACUGCCUUUGUUCCUCCUUGUCCUCCUCAGUUUCUGCUAUUUCAGAGCACCAUUAUUGAGAUACGAUCCACAUGCCAUAUAGUUCAUUCAUCUGAAGUAUGCAUGCAAUGGCUUUUACUAUAUACUGGGUUGGCCAAAAAGUUCAUUCAAAUUUUUCUAUAACAUCUUAUGGAAAACCUCAAACAUUUUGGCCACCCCAAUAUUAAGAAACUGCAAUCAAUUUGAGAACAUUUUCAUUAACCCCAAAGAAACCCAUUACCCCUUAACUGUCAACCUCAAACCACCCCCACUCUAGCCCUAGGCAACCCCUAACCUGUUCUCUGUUUCUUUAGAUUUGCUUAAACACUUCAUAUAAAUGGAAUCAUACAGUAUGUGUGGAAUCAUACAAUAUAAAUGGAAUCAUACAAUAUGAAUCAUACAGUCACACAUAUGUGGCCUUUUGUGUCAGUUUUCUUUCAGCAUAAUAUUUUCAAGAUUUGUCCAUGUUGUAGCAGGUGCCAGAACUUCAUCCCUUUUGUGGUUGUAUAAUAACUCCAUUGUGUAGGUAUAUCACACUUUAUUCAUGGUUUGAUGGACAUUUGGAUUGUUUCUUCUUUUUUUGGUUAUUAUAAAUAAUGCUGCUGUGAACAUUCAUAUACAGAUUUUUUGUGUGGACCAUGUUUUUAAUUCUCCUGCAUAUAUACCUAGGAGUGAAGUUGGGUCAUAUGGUAAUUUUCUGCUUAAUCUUUUGAGGAACUGCCAGACCAUUUUCCAAAGUAGCUGCACCAUUUUGCAUUCCUGUCAGCAUUGUAUGAGGGUUCUGCUUUCUCCACACCUUUGCCAACUCUUGUCAUUGUCUGUCUUUUAUUUAUUAUUAUAACUAUCUUAGUGAGUGUCAAGUGGUAUCUUGUAUGCAUUUUUGUAAUGUCAAUGUUAAGUUUUUCACAUACUUUUUGGCCUUUUGUGUAUCUUCUUUAGAGAAAUAUCUAUUUGGAGAUUUUUCCCAUUUUAAUUGGAUUAUUUGUCUCUUUGUUGUACUGGAAAAAUUCUUUAUGUGUUCUCUCAUUUGAUGUAGGAGUUGCAAAGUUUUUCUCCCUGUCCGUGGGUUGUCUUUUCACUUUCUUGAAGCUAUCCUCUGAAGCACAGAAGUUUUGGAUUUUGGUGAUUCCCAGUUUAUCUUUAUUUUCUUUUACUGCUUGUGCUUUUGGUGUCAUAUUUAAAAAGCCAUU